AUGAACAACUCUACCAAAGUAUCACAAAAGUCUUAUGAUUCUCUUCAAUCAUCAUCAUUAUCAUCAUUAUCAAAUAAGCCAAAAUUAUCCCAAAAAGAAAUUAAUAAAAUUAUUGAACGUUUAACAAAAUAUGAUAAAACAAUUGGACCGCCUGAAUCAAAUAAUGCAAAAAUCUAUUUAGGUUAUGGAAGAUAUGAAUAUCCACAUAGAAAAUAUACAAAUCAAGUAUUUAAACAUUUAAGUAGAACAGAGAUAGAUAAUUUAAUUGAAAGAUUAACUAAUGAAAAAUUACCAAACCAUUCAAGUACUAACUCCUUUACAAAUCCUAUUUCAUAUAUGAAAUGUAAUGCCGAUAAAUUACAAGAAAUCAUUGAACAUUUAACAAAUGAUAAUCUAUCUAAACUUCCUAUAGAAUCAACAUUAGCUAGAAAAUAUCUUGGUUUUAAUCGUUAUGAUUAUGGUUGUUCAUUAAAAAGUCAAAUUAGACCAAUAAUGAAGAAAUUAACUAAAGAAGAAAUUCAUCAUGUCAUUGAACGUUUAACACAAUAUGAUAUUAAUAAAUAUCCACCAGAAUCUAAUGGACAUAUGAUUAAGAAAUGA